AUGUAUCCUCAAAACCUUCUCGGUUUCAUGCAGAAUCCGCAAGUCAUCGAGCAGCUCGCUAUGUUGCAAGCCGCGCAUAAUAAUGCUGUAAGUGCCCAAGUCAACACUGAUCAAGCCAAGAUGCAGGCACUUGAGACCCAAAAUGUGGCAUUGAUUGGACAACUUCAGAAUAUGAACAUGACUAUGGGGGCACUCGGUGCGGAGAUGAGUGCUUUGAAGGAGCAACAUGCCGCCACCGAGACUGCUAAACAGCAGUUUGAGUCUCAAAAUGUUGCAUUGAUUGGACAGCUAAAGGAGAUGAACAGGGCUAUGCAAGAACUCAUUGCGGAGAGGGAAGUUAUCAAGAUAAACAUAGACGCAAUUCGGGAGCUCCAGGAGCAACAUGCCAAGGAGCUUUGCGACAAGGACCAGGAAAUCCAAACGCUUAAGACCCAAUUGGCGGCUAGUCAAGAGGAGAGCACCAGGAAGAAUAUGAAGCUUCUGGAACAACAUGCGAAGGAGAUGAACAACAAAAAUCUGGUCAUCGGAGAUCUGGAGACCCACCUAUCUGCUGCAGAUCAACGAACCGACGAUAAGCUCAAGAUGCUUCAGGAGCAACAUGACAAGCAGAUCAAAGGGAAGGACUUGGAACUUCAAACGCUUCAGGACAAAUUGGCGGCUAGUCACGAGCAGCAUGCCAAGGAGCUCACCGACAAGGACCUGGUCAUCAAAGAACUGGAGACCCGCUUACCUGCUGCAGAGGUACAAACCGUCGAUAAGGUCAUGGAGCUCACAAAUGAGAACAAGCGACUCUCUUUAGGAAUUCAGAAGCUCCAGAAGGAGAAAGUCUUUGCUGAGAAACGUCUUCAAUCUCUUGGAGUGAUGUUGCAGGAAAAGUUGCGACAGAAGGAAGACGUGCAGAAGAAAAAGGAGGAGGUUGUCUCCAAGCCAACUACUCAACGCCAUACUGAGCUUCACACUGAGCUCGGCAAGCUCUAUAUGGAGCUCCAGGAAGCCAAGAAGCCACAGGAGGCUCUCAUGGCUCAGUUGGCUGCUAAGGAUAAGGAAAUCGAGUUUCUCAUGGAGCAACACAAAUCGAAGCUAGCCGCUAAGGAUUCAGAAAUCCAGAAUCUGAAGGAGAUGAUUCAGGGAGGAGAGGAGAUGAAUAUGAAUGUGAUUGCGAAGGAUGCGGAGGUUGAAGCGGUCAUGACGGGUGGACAAUCGGAAUAA